AAGAAUGAUUGUGGUAAAAAGUUGAAGACUUUGUUGAGAAGCAAUCCAACUCAGAGUGAAGAAAUUACAACAAUUCACCACCAGAAUCGAUCUUUGGUCUCUGUUGUUAAGUCUCUCCCACAGCAACAAUGCCGCCAUUUUAGCCCCUUUUUCUUACCUUUCUUAUUCUUCUUGUGGGUUUCUUUUGAAGUCGCUCUUCUCCGGCAACAAUGGCCUCCAGAACCAAAACUGGUUUAAUGGAGACUCCUCGUAGCAAACCGUCGCCGCCAACACCAAGAGUUAGUAAACCAAAAGGGACUAAAUCAGAUGGCAACUCGCCAUCUCCGGUGCACAGCACUCGUUUUUCACUUGACCGUUCACCGCAAUCUGUUAACUCGAGGCCUGUUUCUGAUCGUAGGCCUGCAAGGGUUCCUACUCCGCCUGAGAAGUCACAAUCACGGUUAGGGAAGGGAACUGAGCUACUGGCUCAACUGAAUCAAAUUCAGGAGGAUUUGAGGAAAGCUAAUGAGCAGAUAGAAAGGCUAAUGAAAGAUAAAGCUAAAGCUCUUGAUGAUCUUAAAGAAUCUGAGAAAUUGACUAAAGAAGCCAGUGAGAAACUCCAAGGGGCAUUGGCAGCUCAGAAGCGUGCUGAGGAGAGUUCUGAGAUUGAGAAAUUCCGAGCGGUUGAACUAGAACAGGCGGGAAUUGAAGAGGUUCACAAAAAAGAAAUCUCUUGGAAGAAAGAAGUUGAGUCUGUUAGAAGCCAGCAUGCUUUGGACAUCUCAGCUCUUCUCACUACCACAGAAGAGCUCCACAGGAUUAAACAAGAACUGGCUAUGACUGCAGAUGCCAAAAAUAAGGCUCUUAGCCAUGCUGAGGAAGCAACGAAGAUUGCUGAAAAUCAGGCUGAGAAGGUGGAGGCUCUUUCUUCCGAAUUAAGCCGCUUAAAAGCAUUGGUUGGUUCAGAUGAACAAAAGAAAGCUAUUGAAGGCGAGGAGGUUGUCUCUAAACUGAAAUCUGAAAUUGAGAUGUUGAGAGGGAAACUUGAGAAACUUAGCAUCAUCGAAAAUAAGCUCAAGGAUCAAGAAGAGUCCAUCGAACAGCUCCACGUUGAUCUUGAAGCUGCUAAAAUGGUUGAAUCCUGUACUAAUAACUUAGCGGCAGAGUUGAUGAGCGAGGUUGAUGAACGUGAAAAACAAGUCAAAGAAUCAAAUAAGUUGAAGACAUCUGCUUCAGAAUCUUUAGAUUCAGCUAUGAAGCAGCUGGAGGAAAACAUCCAGGCACUUUAUGAGGCAGAUUUGGCUAAUGCUGCGUUAAAAGAAAAGGUUGAGUCGCUGGUGAAAACGAUUGGAAGACAGGAAAAAGAUCUUGAGGAAUCCCAACGCCAGGUUUGCAGUUUAAACCAAGAAAUUUCUAAGCUUGAAAAGCUUGUUAAGUCCAUAAAAUCUGACCUUACAACCACCCAAGAGGAAAAGGUUAGGGCUUUGGAGAAUGAAAAGACUGCAACAUCACAUAUACAGAACCUAUUAAACGAAAAGACAGAACUUUCGACAGAGUUGGAAAUCUGUAAGAAGGAAGAAGAGAAUAGAAAGAAAUCUAUGGAAAGCUUAAAUUUGGAUUUGCAACAAGUAUCUUUUGAAGCAAGGGAAGCAAAGGAGAAGCUAUUAACAUGUCAAGCGGAGCUCGAACGUUGUGGAGUCCAGAUUAUAAGUUUGAAGUUGGCUGAGAAAGAUAGGAAUGAAAAGUAUGGAAAAAUGCUUGAGGAUGCAAGAAAUGAUAUUGAUAGCAUGAAAAGUAGUUUGGAAAACACUCAGAAUGAGUUAGUCAAUUCUAAGGCUGAGUGGGAACAAAGAGAACUUCAUUUGAUGGUUUGUGUGAAGAAAUCAGAAGAGGAAAAUCACUCUGUGCAGGAAGAACUUAGCAAGGUGAUGAAUUUGCUUAAUCUUAAGGAAAUUGAGGUGUGUGCAGCUAAAGACGAAGAAGCCAAAAUAAAACUUUAUCUUAAAGAAUUUGAGGAGGAGGUUAAGGAUCUGCAGGAAAGAGUUGGAGAAGCGAAAGCUGAAAGCCUGAAACUUACAGAAAGCUUGUUGGAGAAAGAAGUAAAGCUAAAGAACGCUGCUGCAGAAAGCAGAAAACUCAGAGAAAUAGAGGUUUCUUCUCUUGAAAAAAUUGAUGAGCUGUCAAAGGUGAAUGAAAGCUUGGUUGAUAAAGAAACAAAACUGCUGAGCGUUAUUCAAGAAGCGGAAGAACUCAGAGUUAAGGAGAUUGAUUAUCUCGAGAAGAUUGAAGAGUUGUCAGCUGCGAAAGAAAGCUUGGUUGAAAAAGAAAGAAAACUGUUGAACAUUGCUCAAGAAGCUGAGGAGCUUAGAAGAAGGGAGCUUGCUUGUCUGAAGAAGAUUGAAGAGUUGUCAGCCGUGAAUGAGAGAUUGGUUGAUAAAGAAACCAAAUUGCAGAGUAGUAUUCACGAAAUUGAGGUGCUCAAAGAAAGGGAGGCUGAAUAUAUCAAGCAGAUCAAAGAGCUGUCAUUGUUGAAUGAAAAAUUAGUAGAGAAAGAAGCCAAAUUGCAGACCGUUGUUCAGGAAAAUGAAGAGCUAAAAGAGAAGGAGUCUUCUUAUCAUAAGAAGAUUGAGGAGUUAUCAAAGGUAAAUAAAAUCUUUGCUGAUACAGAAAUUUAUCUCAAGAGGUCUACUCAAGAAAAUGAAGAGCUAAGAGAAAGGGAAGUUGACUAUCUUAAGAACAUUGAACAGUUAGCGAAGCUGCAAGAAAAUCUUCUUGUUAAAGAGCUGCAUGAUAUGGUCCUUGAGAUUGAAGACCUUAAAGCCAAGGACGGUCUAGCUGAAAAGAAGAUUGAAGAGCUAUCAAAUCUAAAUAAAAGCUUGCUCGCGAAAGAGAGAGAGAUACAAGUUGUUGUUUGUGAAAAUGAGGAGCUCAAAUCUAAAGAGGCUUCUUCACUCAAGACAAAAGAGGAGUUGUCCGAUCUUAAACAAAAUUUGGUUGAUAAAGAAAACGAGCUGAAGACUGCAGUUUUUGAGAAUGAGAAGCUCAAGGCCCAAGUUGCCUCAUCACUUCAGAAUAUUGGAGAGUUGACACAUCUUAAACAGAGUUUACUUGAUAAAGAGAUUGAGUUGCAGGGUGUUUUUCAAGAAAACGAGGAGCUUAAGGCCAAGGAGGCAUCAUCUUUAAAGAAAAUUGAUAACUUGUUACAUCUCGAGCAGACUUGGCUUGAUAAGGGAAACGAAUUUCAAAGAACUAAUCAAGAAAAUCAGGAGCUUAAGGUGCAGGAAGCUUCAGCGUCAAAGAAGAUAGAGAAUUUGUUAAAGAUGAAAGAGAGUCUACUUGAGAAAGAAACUAAGUUGCAGACUGUAAUUCACGAUAACAAUGAGCUGAAAGCCAGGGAGGCUUCUGCGCUUAAGAAGAUCGAAGAGUUAUCAAAGUUGCUAGAAAAAGCUUCUUCCACACAAGAGAAACCAGAUGAGAACGGCAAGCUCAGUGACAUCGAAAAAAAUCAUGACUUACUUCCGAAAGCUGUAGAACUUUCAGAUGAACAUGGUCCCAGGUGCGGAGAAGAGAUUACUGAUACCAAUCCUUCUGAUCACAGAACCAGAGAAGAAAAAUUACAAAAAAGUCCAAUGGAAGCCAUUGAUAGACAUUUGAAACAUGACACCGCAAACCAUUGGUUAGCUCAAAAAGUUGAAGCAGUAGGAAGAGGAGACAAAGAUAAACCCUUCAUGGAAGGCGAAGGCUACCAUUUAGAAAAGAGAGAAGCUUCUUCAGAAAGAGACACAGAGCAUGGCUUUUCUGAAAAGGAAGUAGAAUCGAAAGCAGAAGGCAGUGAAAACUUGGAGCAGUUAAGUAAUGGCUUGUCCUCAGGAGAACACACAGAAGAUGCUGGAAGUCUCCUCUCAAAGGAACAACAACAGAAAAAGAAGAAACCUUUGCUCCGGAAGUUUGGAAAUUUACUGAAAAAGAAAAGUACAAGCAGCAGCAGCCAGAAAUAGAGGAAACUGUGAUGAUUAUACUACAAUCUCUAUUGCAAGUGAACAUUCCUUGGUUGAUUUGUCUCAAAUCUUUAAUAGUAUAGUUCCAGUUCAAUAUAAGGUGUUUGGUCUUUGCUUUC